CCUGAACGUUCUCCUCUAUUUGCCUGGCCGACUGAAGCUGCACUCUCGGAUCCUCGCAUUUACGAAUAUCCAAUUUUCCACCCAUCAACUUGUUUAGACUAGAAUCUGCACAAUGGCUCCAUUCGACCGACGACCGAUGCAGCACAUUGACCGGAGGGACCUCUACACCAACCUCGAGAGCCGGAUCCAGUACCUCCACUCCUUCCUUGACUUCAGCUCACGCGAUAUCGAAGCCCUCAUCUCCGGAGCGAAGUACAUUCGAGCGCUGAUCCCCGCCAUCGUCAACAUCGUAUACAAGAAGCUGUUGCAAUAUGACAUCACGGCGCGCGCAUUCGAGACGCGGUCGACGUCGUACGAGGGACCAGUAGACCCGAACCUGACCGAGAACUCGCCCCAGAUUCUUCACCGGAAGAUGUUCCUUCGAGGCUAUCUUACGAAGCUCUGUAGCGACCCGAGCAAGAUGGAAUUCUGGGAGUACCUAGACAAAGUCGGCAUGAUGCAUGUUGGCCAGGGCCGUGCUCACCCUCUGCACGUCGAAUAUGUGCACAUCGGAGUCACCCUCUCCUUCAUCCAAGACGUCCUCACCGAAGCCAUCCUGUCACACCCGCGCCUGAAAAUGGAGCGCAAGAUCGGCCUCGUCAAGGCUUUAUCAAAGGUCAUCUGGAUCCAGAACGACCUCUUCGCGAAGUGGUACGUGCGAGACGGCGACGAAUUCGCCGAAGAGCGUCUGGUGCCGGAAAUCGAGCCAGAGGGCUACCUGCACGGGAAGAAGAUCUUGCACGACGGCAGCGAGAGCGAGAGUGAGAUCGAAGACUCGCCCGUUGGCACCUGCCCGUUCAAAAACCUGGCGAUGGGUCCGAGUACGCGGAUGAACAUCAACGCCCCGCCGAGCAAGGGCAUGAAGAAGAUGACUCUGGCAGAGUCGCCACUGAAGAAAGAUGUAUCCGACGAAAACGUUCACAGGGAGCCUAGCCCGCUACUCACACCGGCAUCGCCAAGCUCGACGUCGUUUACUAGCGGCAUACCGCGUCCUGGAGGCAGCAGCCCGUAGACGCGGCCAAUGAAACGUUGCGGGCCUAUCGGAAGGGCGCGCAACCAUGGGAAGACACAUUUCCUGUUCUGACUAUGAGAGUGUAAUCACACGCGAUCUGUGCAUACUAUUGUGGCAUCUGGGAGGAGUUUAACGGUUUCGCGCGGGCUCGACAGGCUUUGGAUACGGUAGGCCGCAGGGUGCAGGCUGCUUCAUGGGACUAGAUAUCAUCUCUUUGCUUCACUUCUCUUCUCUUCUCUUCUCUUCCCCGGGCUGUCAUCAAGUCGGCUAUAAUAGACAUGAAUCACUACUACGUCAUUCACCG